AUGUCUACCCGUGUCGGCGGAGCCUUCUUCCAAAGUAGUCUCUAUGUGGAAAUCAAAGCUAAACAACCGGCGAAUAAGACAGGAGUCAAAACGGGCACGAACCUCAUGGGCAAAUUCACACAAAGUGUUCGGAGAAUCGUCCAAGAUGUAAAGGAUGAAGGAACUUCAAGUGGACAAACUAAGGAAGAGGUGAUUGAAACGAACGAAAGAUUAAGGAUUGUAAGGAUACGCCUGGAUGGAAGUUACGAGAUCGCUAAGCGUGCACUUGUUGAGCUUAUGUGCAAAUACACAGAAAGCAAGCAAGUCCGCAAUGUGUUUCAACGUUACAACCUCUUAAAACUAAUGAUUAAGGACGUGAUCAAGUUGGAGACACAAUACUGGACACUGGUGGAUAUACCGAAGCAGGAAAAACAGGAGACAGUACCUGCCUUUGUCCUGCGCGCCUGUUCCAUUAUGGAGAAGACUCACAAAAGUGGAGAGGGUGUGAAAACCUCAGCCCGACUGGCUGAGGAGGCUGAGACCAAGAGGGAACGCAUAGAGAGACUCGAAAGUAUGACAACAGCACAGAUCGAAACAGAGAACACGCAAAUGACUAACGAUCUGUACAGACUGCUGAAAAAGUACACGGGACUAAGAAAUCUCAUUCGGGAUCUAAAGGAGGAAUACAACAGCUCAAAGGUGUACCCAAUCUUUCCUCGCUAUCCAAUUUUGAAGGAUAUGAUAAAGGACAUAAUGCACAACCCAGACUACAUGGAGGUUUGUCACGAGGUGGACCAAGCAUAG